AAACAUUGGCAAUUCAAAAAAGUUAUCGGCGCGAAUCGCCUUCUUUUCCACUACCUGUUAAGGAGGCAUAGAGCAAUAAUGAAAAUAUCGGCCUUGUAUGUAAGGACGCUGAGGCGGGCUUUGUGUGGAAAUCUCUUUGAAAUCAGUGUCAAUAAGAAGAGUAAAUAAGUUUCUCUUCUCAGUGUGAAGCUAAUUUAAUAAAAUUAAAUUGUCUUCAAUUUGUUAUAUUUGACGUCUACCAAAAUUUAAUAGACUUCAUUGUGGAUUAUUGUUAAAACUCGCUGACUCAAUUGGAUUUAAUUUGAAUAUAACUGCAGUUUUUGAUAUUUCGUGAAUCAAAAUUUAUUGACAGUGGGUGAAAUAUUCUCUUUUGAAGAGGCGGAUUUGCACUAACCAGGGUAUUAUGAACAUAUUGUGAAGCUCUGCUGUGAGUGACAUUUGAUUCGUUGCGGAACAAUCCAGCGUUAAUUCUGAUUGAUAGAACUCUUCGACUCCGAUACCCCCCCUUAAAAGGAGAAUUAGGCUGUUGUGAUUGCUGUGUCAAAACAGAGGAGCUUCAGGCUGGCUUUACCAUUCCAACUAAGUACAGUUAACACCAAGCCUGCUGCAAGGAAUAGAAGUGUUUGUGUCAUGUGGAUUACUGCGGAUACAGACCCUGGCCAUCGCAGAAUCUGGCAUCAGUGUUUUGUGAUAAAAGUAUAGCAUUGAAUAGUUUUGAAUAAACAAGAAAACAUGGACUAUCUUCUCAAAUUUUUAUGAUAAAGUGCUUUGAAUUCUUGGAUUAUUACGGACAAGAUAUGAACUUUUUACUCACAAUUUUGUGAUAUUGUGCUGGAUAUUUUUAUAGUCCCGGAUUUGGAUAUACCAACGAAACAUGGAUUUUACAUUGGAGUUGUUCCUGAAGAUCUUUUCCAUCUUUAUCUGCUUGGCUUUGCAUGUAUGCGGUCUGCAAGAGUUCAGUCAGCGUCCUCAGGACCUGAGCGUGAUUCGGGGCCAGACCGCGGUUAUCAUGUGUGCCGUGGAAAACAGGGUCGGCAAGAUACAGUGGGCCAAAGGACAGUUUAUGUUGGGCUUUGAGCGAAACAUUCCUGGAUUUGAUGGGCGGUAUAGCGUAAUAGGUGACGAUCGGACCGAGUACAACCUUCAGAUCACGAACACUGAACUCAGAGACGAUGAUGACUUCGAGUGCCAAGUUCAGCCCGCAGAAAACAACCCUCCGCUAAAAGCGAAGGCACACCUUACCAUUCUAGUACCACCGAAUACGCCAGAAAUAGUGAACCAUACCAAUGGCUCGACUGUCGAGGUUUUGUACACUAAGCCGACACUACAGCUUACAUGUAGGUCAGCCAUGGGACGUCCCGCAGCGAAUAUCAAGUGGUUCCGAAAUGACGAGGAAAUCACGGAGAAUGUUGUGUACAGUGUGACCCCUGUCGAUAACGAUAAGCGGGAAAAUGCCCAGAGUAUACUGACCAUUACUCCUAAAUAUCCGGACGACAACAAUGUGAGGUUCACGUGUCAGGCGUACAACAAUGCGCUUAUAAAUGGGCCGCUACGAACUUCAAUUACACUUAGUGUUCAGUUUCCUCCCGGGGAGCCUGUCAUUACUGGAUACCAAAUGGACGAGGCCGUGGCCGUCAACGACACAGUCGCCAUGACGUGUAAAUCAACCGGAGGGAACCCAUUGGCACAGAUCGCCUGGUUUAAGGACAACACUCAAGUUGACUUUAGCUAUAAAUCUGGCGUGGACUAUGCGUACAACGAGCUCAUCAUUGUCGCCCAGAAAUCUGACAAUGAUGCGGAGUACAGAUGUGAGGCCUGGAACAUUGUCAACGCCCAAACACCCUUCACCAGUUCUAGAAAAUUGGCAGUGCACUUUCCACCUACGAAGGCGACGAUAACAGGAACACGUGAAGCGAAGGCGGGAGAGAUGUUGACCUUGACCUGCACAACCUCAAAUAGCAACCCCGCUGCUGUGGUGACCUGGAUACCCCAGGGAGUUGGCGGGUCUGAUAUACGGUCUCGUACGGAACCAUCGCCUGACGGGGGAUAUGUAACGAUCUCGGAGAUUGACAUUACACUUUCGUCGACACAGACAAAUGCCAUCUACACUUGUUCGGCUACAAAUAAUCAGAUUGGUGUCACAGUGGCUGAUACUGCACAUGUUGGAGUUUUGUACCCGCCAUCCCCACCACAAAUUACGGGCUAUACGGAAGGGGAGGCAAUAAAGGCUGGGGAGGUUCUCAAGAUGAGGUGUACGGCACUACGGGGGAACCCACCCGCCACUCUUCAAUGGAAGAAAGGUAAUGAUACUCUGACAGAUGUGACGGAUCUGACAGCGGGAAACAUUCCGUCCCUCGAGCUAGCGGUGCUCGUGAAACCCGAUGACAACCACGCCAUCUACCGCUGCCUCGCUUCAAACCGAGCCACAGAGACCCCACUAGAGGCACUGAAGCAAAUCACUGUUCACUUUCCCCCCAAGUUUGUGAACAUCACAAGCCAGCCCGCUGAGGCACGCUCUGGGCACCAGCUAGAGCUCACCUGCGUCUCCGGCUCCAGUAACCCGCCCGCGGUCAUCACAUGGAUACACAACAACCAGCAGCUACAGGGAACCAGUCUGGGUCACACGGACGCACAAUAUUGGGGGAAGGCGUCAAAAAACGUUCUGGAUUUUAUUCCGACGUCGGCCGACCAUGACACUCCGUAUGGUUGCCGAGCGACGAAUCUGGCCAUACAGGAAUCUGUGCAUGAUGCUGUUACGCUCAAUGUGCGAUUCAAGCCAGAAUUCAGGAACAAGAAUGCCUCAGUGGUUAUUAUUGCGGGCGAAAGUCGGGUCAUAAACUUCACAGCUAUUGCCAACCCCUCUCACUGCACCUACCAGCUCAAACGGGAGGGCGUCAUCAUUAACGCGGGCGACAUUGAAAGCCUCACCCUGGAUGAGGGCGUGCUCACUAUCUCGGCGAUCGCAAAAGAGGAUAAAGGACAAUUUGCGAUUGUGGCGAUGAACACAGAGGGCAUGGCUGCUUUUGAUUUUUCCAUAGAUGUUCAAUACCCAGCAGAGAUAACAGAAGGCGCUGCUGUUGAGGGAGCUGCGGGUGAUGCCGCAACUCUUCGCUGUGUUGUCAGUGGACACCCGAUGGUUCUGGGAAUGGUCACAUGGAAACGGGACGAUUUUGACAUGACUCGUGUACUGCCCUCGUACGAGAAUGGGGUUGGAUUGCUUGUCAUUGAGACCUUGGAAAAAACGGAUUCAGGGGCGUUUACAUGUAUAGCAGACAACGGUGUCGGCACGCCUGCGGAACAAGAAAUUGAACUCACUGUCAAAUUUACACCAGAGAUUGAUAAAUCUCCUGAGUUCCACAAGGCGGCAAGUCACACAGGGAAAACCGGGCGUCUCAUUUGCCGAGCUCAGGGGUCGCCAUCUGUCACCUUCCAGUGGCAAAAGGAUGGAGUGAACAUCCAGGCUGAUGCCACAAAGUACGAGAUUGAGGAAAAGGUUACAGAUAACAUCCACUAUGAAAAUAUCCUCCUGGUCAAGGACGUACAGAAGGCUGACUACGGAAUGUAUGGGUGUAUUGUAACCAACGAACGUGGCGAUGACAGGCUGUCUAUUUUCUUUGAGAACACGACCAAGCCAGAUGCUCCAUAUGACUUAGAGUUUGUGAAUGCGACCCAUAACAGUGUAACUCUGCGCUGGAAGCUGGCGUUUAACGGGGGUCUCCAGGAGGCGUACAGGGUGCGCUUCAAGGUCGUUGACACGCAGGGGUUCACAUACGUCGACGUUCAGCCAGAGAAUGCUAAAAUCUUCACUGUUAAAGGCUUAUCACUGGGCACAGAGUAUGAACUGAAUGUGAUGGCUCAUAACCAGCUGGGCAACAGUGACUAUGCCGCCACUCCAGUGAUAGCAAAAACAUCUAAUUUGAAGCCAAAGUCUGACAUCCAGAGUGAGGCUGACGAAGGUGAAGACAUGCCGGUGAUCAUCAUUCUCGUCGUCUGCGUUGUCGGAAUUUUGCUUCUCGCGCUCAACAUCGCACUCAUCUUGUUCUUUGUGCGACGGAGGAAAAAACGUAUGGAGAAUGGAAGUGACACCACAAGCCAUUCGAACACUAUCGAGCUGUACGGACCAACGAAAGAGACCCACCUCUACCCCGCAACCGCUAGUGAUGAGGCCCGCAGUUACGGAACUAACGAUCGAUACAAUGAAGAUGACUACUCGGAUGAUUACAAAUCUUAUGAGUUACAGCGAGUUGCGGCAAAAUCUCGCCCCGUCAGCAUCGGCAACUGUAUAUGUCUCGGCGGUCAGUCGAGCUCGACUUCCUCAACUUCCUGCCACGAUAACUGCUGUUUUGACCUGGGGGAUGAAGACCUGAAGCGGGUGUUUCUGCCACCACCAGAGUAUGGAGGGGUGACAUAUUCGCACAACAAGCUUGAUUCCCCGACGUUCGAGCACAGACACCCUCUACAUACCGAUGUGAAAGGAAUGUACGGAGGCAGUGACACGGACUCAUGUAGAAAAUCCCCUUGGCAGUAUGAAGCAGAUGCCUACAAGCCGAGUGGUGGCCGGGGUAAAGGCACAUUUGACAGCGAGUACCCGGACACAUAUCGGGAACAGGGCGGCAGUUAUGAGCCCAAUGGGCGGGCAGGCGGGGCAUUCCACUCAAGACCCAAGAGUGUAACAGAGCUGUCGGAGCGUUCCAGUCGUCCAUCUAGUCGAGGCACAGGUCACAAAACUCCGCCCCCUCCUCCUGUACGAUCGUCCAGUAAGGGCGCAGUAGAAAACAGCGUUCCUCCACUUCCUGCCAGAAACUACGAUGCCACAGAUGCCAUGCCAAGAUAUGUCCCUCCUCCAGGUUCAUCCUACAAUAAUGUAAAUGUGAUUCAGAAUCCGAGUUACGAUGGCCCGUCUGCGCGAACUCCGACACCACAAAACCAGCCCACCGAUCCAACAGAUGAUAUGAGAGGAUACCUCGUAUGAUCCAGUCUAGAAUUGGAAUAGACUAGUUUUAACUCAUUCUCAAAAGAAAAGAAGAAGCUUGAAUAAUAAAAACCAGUCUAGAAUCCAAAUGGACUGGUUUUUAGAAAAUAAUUCUCACAAUUGAAAAAACAUUCAAGUUAAAAUUGUGAAAUGAACACGUAUGCGGGAUUGUGUGUCCGACAUUUUGAUGUUUCUUUAGUGAGAUAGUGACUCAUGAUGUAGGAGGGUAAAAUGAUUCCUAAAGGCUAAAUUUUCACGUCAGCCAUUUGUUAGCUAAGGGCUAGCUUUAUGAAAAGGAUUUGUGGGUGGUUUGAAAGAAAAUAAAGCUGUUGUGGUGAAUUCCAUAAAUAUGAUGUCAGUGCUGCAACAAUGACGCUGAUUACAUUCACAAAUAACCGUUUAUAUAAGCCGAGAUGUAUAUCAUUGUUACAUUGUCUGCAACAAAACAAAAUUAGUCUUUUGGUAUAACAAACCUGAAUUCAUAUUCUACUGCUUGGCAUUACAUUUUUGAGCAAGCCCUGCUGCAGUAUAAAACAGAAUUUAAGCCCCGAAAGCAUUUUACGAGUGCAGGGCUUGCUGGCUUGUGCUAAUAUCGACCACUGUUUCUGCAAAAAGAUGACCUGUAGAGAUAUUUACAUGAAUGACAAUAAAUGAAAUUUAAACAAGUGACAUGAUUUCAUAAGAAGCUUAUUACAAUGUGUGAAUUUAAUUGGAGAACACUUUAAAAUGUUAAAAGUAGCUGUAAUUGCUUGCUUCUCUGGCACGGUACCUCGCUAAAAGGAAAAUAUCAUCAUUCCCUCCACAAAUCUCAUUGUCGCUGACGACACAUAUAUAGUCUGAAAGCCAAACAAGCAAUAUGGGGUUGUGGUGAGCUGCUUCUGACGGUCAGUGCCACUGAUUUGGUGCUCUUUCAUUGGAUGGCUGCUGUAAUGAUGUUGGGGCGUGUGAAUUUUACUCAGGCUUUGCUUAAUACUGAAUUGAAAGAAAUGGUUGAAUGAACUUGACUGUAAUUGGAGUGUUUCAUUCAGCUUUAUUUGUCCCAAAAGUUUCUAAGCAGAUCAAUUUGGAUAGAGAACAGUGAUAGUUGGUGCAAGAAUUAUAAACACUUGUUAUAACCUCGUUUUAAUGUCAUAUCUUAUGGAGAAUAUAGUUUGUGUAUAUGGUGAGUUUUGACUAUGUUACGUUCAAAUUUUGAGUUUUCCAUAGGUGGCAGUAUCACAGAGAUAGGAAAUAACAGACAGUCUGAAAAUAAAAUGUGCCCUACAUCUUGGUGGAAUAUAUUUUACCUGUUAUUAAAGAUAAGGUUAUUACGUGUAUCGCAUAAUUAAUUAUUGAUUAUUUUGCAUUUAAUUAUUUUUGGGCCGAAAAUAAAAUUGUCCCUGACCAAUACUGCCACCUAUGGUUUUGUGACCAUGUGUACAUGUUGAGUCAUGUGAUCCGAUCACAACGCCAUUCCCUUUAUUGUACAAACCCAUUAUAUUUUAGUUGUUAUUUGUCGGGAAAAAAAAUGUUUGCAAUAAGGGCCACACCAAUUUGUUUGGCAUUUCCCGACAGACUCAUAUACCUGCAACCCAAAGAUAGUUUUGGUGUCUGCUGUGGUUAUAAUUUUUAUUUUUUUCAUUACAGAAUUAAGCGUUUAUGAAGUAAACAAACUAUUUACCCAACUGACUCUCACAAUAUGGACGACCCGAAAGGUGUUUUUAGCCCCUCCAACAGUAAAAAAAAUAAUAAUUACGGAAUUAAGCGGUUAUGAAUUAAAACUCUGAAACAAGCUAUUUACCGGACAAAAAUAAAGACACUUUUAUAAGCCUCCCCAUUGGUGUUUUUGUGUGUUUCAUGUGGCUCAGACAAGUUCAAACAAACUGUUAAUCCGUUGUGGCCUGAUUAAGUCGUAGGGUCAGAUCUCCAUGAGAAAGUCUAGAAAGUAUAGAAAGUUCAUUUUGAAAAAUUAGUUUCGGUUUGAUUAAGACUUUUGAUUUGACAUAAUAAUGUGUGAAACACUGGCAAAAGGUAUUGAAUCUCAUUAAAACACUGUUGAGGUUAAGGUCAUUGUGUGAGGUCAAGGUCAUUUGUUGAGGUUAAGGUCAUUUGUUGAGGUCAGUGUCAUUGUGUGAGGUCAAUGUCAUUUGUUGAGGUCAAGGUCAUUAAGCAUGCAUAUACAAAUGAAGAAUUUCAGUGAUAUUAAUUUCAGCUUUAUCUGUAGAAGAUAUAACACCAAAAUACAUUUUAGUUUUUUUUUGUAUCCAAAAAAAUAGAUGUAAGAGCAUAUAUUAUAAUAUUUUAUACCGCAGUUACGUAUAUAAAUAGUAUAUUGCAUGAAAUGUUCCCAAAAUUUUCCAGUAUUAUUUCCCCCCAAUAUUGUUCCUUGUUAGGAAUAUUGCAAUAAUUUAUCAUUGUUAAUAACCAUUUCAUGUAUGUACAUAUGGAUCUAUACAUGUAUGUAUAAAUACAUGUACAUGCCUCUUGCCAAAAUGGACCAUUCAUGUAUAAGCCAUUUUCAUGUACAUGAUACAUGUAUAUAAGGAUUUAUUAAACAUGCGCAUUUAAGCAUAUCCAUCAGAUAAAACAUUAUGAUCAAUUUGUUUAGAUUUUGUCAUCCUGUGUAAAAGAUUCAUUCAUAAUUAAGCAAGAAAGAUUUUUUGAAAUUUAAUUCUGUAAAAAACUUAUGAAAUAUAUUCUGGCUUUUGUUGUUUUUGUUUUGUUUUGUUAAGUGAGAAGUGUGUACCUAUUUUACAAGAGGUUAUCAUUCUGUUAUUUGCAUUUAGAUAUUUAUCACAGUGUUUUAUCACAUAUACUUACAUAUCUAACAUUUGAUUAACCUUAUUUUUAUAAUGUCUGGUUUUGUGUGACUGAGUUUUAACUUAUUUUUACGCAUCCGUUUUAUCUUUAUAACUUUAAAAAUGUUUUGUUUUAACAACCUUUCAUACACUUACCUGAAAUACUCAUGGUUUAUGAUUUUUAAUUGAUCCAAAAAAUAUUUUAUUUACAUUCAUUCAUCACAUUUUUAUUGAUCAAGUUUUGAAAAAUAUUCCAAAUUCAGACCUUAUGUUUUGGUCUUCCCAAAGAAACUGAACAGAAAAUAUAUAUUAUUUUUUCUUAUUAAGAUAUUUAGUAAGAUAAACUUAAAGGUGCUGAGCCCUGUUUCCACAAGAUAUCUUAGUUGGUAACCUUAAAUUAUGCUGCUUAAGAGUGUAAUCUUCAAACUUAUUCAUCGAUAAGUCUAAUUUCGAUGACAGCUUUUGGAUAUAGAAUCUUACUUAUUAAGUGAAUUUUUAAGUUAUUUUCUUCGCAUGUUAUACUGUUUUUCUGUUGUUUGAAGCAGUUGUUGUUGUUGUAAAAAUGUUAAAAAGAUUUGUUUAUCUGACUCCAGUUUUUGUAGUUUGUUGCUUUUAUGGAUGUUAGUUAGUUAACGAGGUUAUUGAUGCAUGCAAGAAGAGUUUAUGGCUGUUCAGAAAUAGUGGAGGACUUUAAUGAUCUAUGUGUAUACAUGAAAUUAUGUCAGAAAAUCAUACCAUUGAUUCCUUUUUUUAUCUGUCUCAUCAAGUAAUUUCAUCUACUGUAUUUUGUGACAUUCGCCAAAGAAAACAAUAUUUGAGAUACCAUGCUAAUUGUUUUGUCAUCUACAAAUACAAUCCAUGUGUUGGUUAGCCUAUAUUUUAAACCUCAACUUAGUUGUAAUAUCUUUCUAAUGGUAAAAGCAUAACAAAAGAGUACAUGAUACACCAUUCACUUGUUUAUGCAUUCAAUAUAAAAUGAUAAAAUAUAAAAGGUUAGGAUUAAAUUCGAAGGCUACCCAAAGUUUGCAUGGAUGCAUUAAAAACAACAAAAAAAUCACAUUUAAUUAAGAAAGGGCAGUGUUGGGUUUUACACCAAGUUCACCGAGCUAUCAUAUCAAAAACAUUGCCUAUCGUAAUGCUUGUGAGGUACUAUUCUUUCUAUAGAGGACACAGGUCAGCGUCGCAUAGCUUGGACACUGAAAUAAUUAUGGCAUUCAGUUCUUUGAUGUGUUUAAAAAGAAAAAAUAUGACAUUUCAAUAAAAUUUUACUUUAAAAAAUUAUCAUUAUAUGUAUAUAAAAUAGAACUAUUAGAAUUUAAUUGAACUGCCAUAUUAUUACUUUUUAAACAAUAUCAAACGACUGUAGGGCCAUAUAUUGGUGCCCACAUAUGUGACGAUGACCUGCGAGUGUGAUAGUGAACAGGUUGUAAUUAUCUCAAACUUUCGCUGCAAUAUCAUGUACAUCCAGCUUGGUCAUACUGUGUGCAUGUAUGAAUGUCGUUGGGAUCCUAGUCCAGUAUUUUUGGUAAACAGAACUUGUUGUGAUACAUUAUUUUAUAAUUAUAAUGAUAAUAAAAUAUUUUGAAAGUU